AUGUUUUUAGAACUAAAAGUAAUUUAUUUAGGAGUAAUUAUAGUUGUAUGCUUUGUUGGUGGAAUUUCACCAAUUAUAUUGGGAAAGUUUUGUAAUUCAUCUAAAAAUAUUGUUAGUUUUUCAAGUUGUUUGGGUGGUGGUAUAUUAUUGGGUGCAUCACUAUUGCAUUUACUAAAUGAUAGUGAGGAGUUUUUAAAAGGGGAGUAUCCAUUUAGUCAUUUAAUAUAUGCAUUGGGCUUUUUUGCAUCCUUUAUUUUAGAAAGAGUAUUGUUUGAACAUUCUCAUGACCACAAGGUGCCAACAUUAUCAAUAAAUAUUUCAAAUGACGAACAUAUAAAUGAAGAUAUUAAAGGUUUAUUAACAGAUGAUUACGAAGAAACUGAAUUAGAGUUUGAUGAAGGUCAUGAAACCAUAAGUUCUCAAAAUCUAGGUCAUGGUCAUGGUCACAGUCACGUUCAUAGCCAGAACCAUGGUAACAAUAAAAAAUCAAGUGGAAAGUUUCCAUAUAUGCUAUUUGUUGUAUUAAGUUUAGAAAGCUUAAUCUCUGGUAUGGCAUUAACAUUAGAAGAAGACAAAAUUUUAAUUUCAGUUACAUUUAUUGCAAUUAUUACUCAUAUAUGGGCCGAAUCAUUCGCUUUGAGUGCUAAUGUUAUGAAGUCAUUAUUAAAAUUAAGGGAUAAUCGUUAUAUUUCAAAAACAAUUUUCAAAUCAUCUCUUAUAUUUUCAUUAGUAACACCACUUGGAGGCUUAUUUGGUUUGGUCGCAGUGUAUGUUUUAAAGCAAUCUCAAAUUGAUUAUAUUUCAGGUGUUCUUCUAGCUUUUGCGGGUGGUUGUUUCUUAUAUGUAGGUAUUUUCGAAAUUAUGGUCGAGGAGUUUUUAAUUUAUUAA